ACCGGCCAGAGCGAAAUCCGUGUCCUCAAGGACGAUGCACCCAUUGAGAGGACUGAGUACAACGACCGUGAGGCCGCCGAUUCUGACAGGCAACUCGAGCGCGACGAGAAGGAUGCCAUCGACCAGGACAACAUCCUUGACGAACGCACACGCGGCGCCGCUAAGCAGCCUGGCACCUACACAGAGCCUGGAGACGAUGAGGGUCUCGAGCGUGCCGUUGACGGCAACGAUGGUACCUCCUCCGGCCGUCAGUAA